CAUCGCCUUGAAUUACUACACACGCAUACAAGAUGAGACCACUCACAGAACCAGAAACAAAGACCUUAUUCGAGAAGCUCGCGACAUACUGCGGAAAGGGCAUAGCACACCUCAUCGCCGACCCCACUGGCGGCGCAGAUCGAAAUGUCUUCCGUGUACAGGGAUCAAGAGUCUACUACGUCCGCGAAUCGCUCGCCAAUCUUGCCACAUCCGUAGCGCGCGACCAGCUCCUCUCGCUCGGCAUCUGCUUGGGAAAAUUCACAAAGACGGGCAAAUUCCGGUUACAUAUUACUGCGCUGUCGGUGAUCACACCACAUGCGAGGUAUAAGGUGUGGGUCAAGCAGAAUGGCGAGAUGCCCUUCCUCUACGGCGGAAACGUACUCAAAGCGCAUGUCGGAAGGUGGAGCGAGGACUGCCCGGAACACCAGGGUGUGAUAGUGUUGAGCAUGAACGAUACGCCACUGGGCUUUGGUGUAAGCGCACGGUCGACGGCCGAGGCAAGGAAGUUGGACCCAACGGGCGUCGUCACAUUCCGGCAAGCAGAUAUUGGAGAGUAUCUGAGAGAAGAAGAUACGCUGUUCACGACUUGAGAAACCCCGCAAUGGCACACAGCAUUAUGGAUGUAUGACGGAAAACCCGCUCCAAGCGCCGACAGUGUAGCAUUGCUAGCUUAAGAGACGAAGCACGCAGCCACAGUUCGAAAAGCUUCGUAUGUGAGUGCGAUAGCAUCAGAGGCAUGAAAAGAGUGUGAAUUGUGCUGGAAUAAUCAGCUGCAAAGUCAAGACUAAGCAUGAAUAAUCAAAGAUACCCCACUAUCUUCACUAUAUACUUGAUAUCCUGACUUUAUGCUGCACACACAUCUUUCGCCGCGUCCUCUAGCAAAGUUCCACUUGCUUUUUCGCUAAUCAUGAACGUAGACACAACUGGGAAGAUACCAGGAAUCUAGGGGUGUUCGAGUCAAUCAAACUGCGCUCGACAGGAGUAUGGAGUUACUCACCUUGGGAAACACACUGGCAUCUACUACUCGAAGGCCUUUUACACCUCGGACCCUGAACCUUGCAUCUAGAACGGCAUUCACGUCGC